AUGUGGUACGGGAAUUUGUAUUAUCCUGUGUGGCGGGCGCGGCGGGUGGAAGCUACAGCGUAUCUGUCCCAGAGGCGCUGCAGUGUGCCUAAGUAUCGAGAGAUGAAACUUGCGUAUCAGUUAACCUCGGUCUUGUUGCUGGCGGCUUGCGUCUGCCUGGCGAAUGAGAGCCGGAGAGCCCACGGCGAGGGCGACCACCACCGCAGGGACACGGGCGUGCAGCACGGGCGCGGCGGCAGGGAGAGAGACCACACGGGAGAUGACGAGAACGUGAGGUCGUGGGUGAGGGAGGAGAGGAGGAGGCUGAAGGAGGAGAGGCGGCAGGACAGGGAGGAGCGGCGGCGCCAGCGACAGGACGGCCGGCGGGGCGGCUCGAGGCCCGACGCCCUCGAGGACGACUUGGGGCCUGAGCGAGGCGCCGCCCCCGCGCAGCUCCCGAGGGCGAGGACGCGGAACGAGAUGGCUCAGCCCCCGGCGUCGCAAGGGCACGAGGCUCCUGCGGCAGGAGGCGCGUCUCGUCACUCCGGCAGGGAGGCACAGGGCCCGUCGCGCGCCGAAAAUCAUCACAGCCAAGAAGUGAUCAACAUGGAGUGGAUGAGAGCCAACCUGUCUUCCCUGUGGGUCGUGGUGCGGGAACUGUCCAGGCAGCAUGCCCGUUUCGUGGGCCACCGAGGCCACGCCGGGCGGGGCCGUGGCCAUGGCUCCGUCGGGCCAGUCAUAGGCGAGGGCCAUCCUUCAUGCCCCGUGGGUGACGACGACUGCAGGAUGGAGGGAAGUGAAGUCUGCGGAGGCCACGGGGAGUGCUCCUGCGGCCACUGCGUCUGCCACCCGGGAUACUAUGGGACCUACUGCCAGUGUAGUGAUCAUACCUGCCCGCUCUACGACGGGAUGAAGUGCGGCGGCCCCACCCGAGGCCAGUGCCGCUGCGGGGGCUGCGUGUGCCGCCCUGGCUACACCGGAGAGGCCUGUGACUGCCCGACGGAUACCCUGGGCUGCGUCGGCUCGGCGAACGGCACCAUCUGCUCGGCGCAAGGAACGUGCGAGUGUGGCCGCUGCCGAUGCGCCGACGGGUACAAAGGCAUGUACUGUGAAGAUACAGUUUAUGCAGCUGGUGUCUGUGAAAAGCUUAAACCCUGUGUCCUUUGCAAGGCCUGGAAUCGGGAUUUGGUGAUUUGUGCUGACUGUCAGAUCACGAUUACUAUGGUAGAUAAUCUAGAACCUGCAAAGAACACCUGCGUGAUGGUUAACUCAGGAUGCAUCUUAAAGUAUUCCUACAUUCCUCAAGGACCAGAUGCCUACACGGUCCUUGUGCCUCGGGAUAUGCAAUGCCCCCCCAAAAAUGAAGAGGACUGAGUCGGGGCAGAAGCUCUCUCGAGACUGACGAAUGGGAGUUUGUGAUGCCAAGAACUUCCUCCUUCUCUCGGUCUUUUUACUUUAUCAAUUAAGAGGCACGACGAUGACUGUCAAUUAAGAGGCGACGAUGACUGUCAAUGAAGAGGCACGACAAUGACUGUCAUUUAAGAGGCACGACGAUGACUGUUUAAUUCAGAUCUGUAAUUUCAGUGCAAUGAUAUAUUUUUUUUUCUAUGUUGGUUUAGUCUGUUUGUGAAUUAUUCUAUACAUCAUUUUAUUUUACCUUACAAUACAAAUAGGUCUUUAUUUUUAUUUGACAUAGUAUCAUAAACUAGUACAUUUUGAUCAUGUUUCAUUGUUUACCACAACUUUUGAUCUACCUCUUCUAAUAGUUAUUCUAAUAUAUUUGGUAAUUAUCACUCUUAUUGGAAAGAAAACUCAAUAAAGCUGAUGGUAAAGAUUCAGAAAAUUAAUGACUCUGUUCAAGGUUAAAAAAUACUGGUGUUUUAUAUGACCAUAACAAACUAAAAGUCAGCAAGGGAUUGAGAUUCAGCCAAAUUAUUAUUUAUUUUGUUCAGUAUUUUUUGGGGGGGGGUCUAUUUUUUUUUUUUUUUUAUACAAUUUUCAUUGUUUUUAGGCUUCUUGAGACAAGAGAUGUCAGGAAGUGUUAUUUUAUAUUCUUCAGCUUCAUAAUGCAUUAUUGGAUACUGGAGCUACUUCUGCUAGUAAAUUUAUAUCAAUACUAUUGUACAAUUUUUUGUUUCAACGCUUUGAUGCUCUUAAGCCCGAAGACCAAUAUGCAUAAACAAAAAUCUUUGAAUGAGACAAUCACUAGUAUAAAGGAAUAGCAAAAAUAUAUACUGAUCAUAUUUAUUCUAAAAAAUAUUGGAGAGCAAAAAUAAUUCAAUGUAUGCUAUCUGGCAAAAAAAAAUCAACAUAUACUAUCUUGCAAAAAACAAAAACAAAAAAAUAACAACAAUAACAACAGGCAUGAACACCAGCAUGCCACACUGCACUUAGCUUCAAGUCAUUACAAAAAAAAAAAAAAAAAAAAAAAAAAAAAAAAUCUAAUGAUAAAACUGGUGUUUCAUUACGAGAUUCAGCGUAAACUGUCUUUUUUUAUUUCUAUUUUUUUAUGAACUGUGUAUACUGAGCCAUUGGUAUUAAAUAUGAAUAUGAA